AUGUCGCCCGCAUUUUUGACUGAGCAAAAAUUUUCAAACCCAACCAUGCCAACUAUUGCCGUUGAUAAAGAAGACUUAUACAAGUCCUUAGGUAAAUCCUAUACCACUGAAGAAUUCGACGAGUUAUGUUUCGAAUUCGGAAUCGAGUUAGAUGAAGAUACCACCGAAGAAUGUCAAGGAGAUGAAAGACCUCAAUUAAAAAUUGAAAUUCCUGCCAACAGAUAUGAUAUGUUAUGUUUUGAAGGGAUUGCUCAAGCUUUAAAUCAAUUCUUAGGUAGAGCUGAAAACCCUAAUUUCAAAUUAACUGCUCCAACCACUAAAUUAACUAUUGAAAAAUCUACUGAACAAAUUAGACCUUAUGCUGCUUCAGCUAUCUUAAGAAAUAUCAAAUUUGAUCAAAGAAGUUAUGAUUCUUUCAUUACUUUACAAGAUAAAUUACAUACUAAUUUAUGUAGAAACAGAACUUUAGUUGCCAUUGGAACUCAUGAUUUAGAUACUAUUGAAGGACCUUUCACUUAUGAAGCUUUAAAACCUGAAGAUAUUAAAUUUGCUCCAUUGAAUCAAACUAAAGUUAUGAAUGGUAAUGAAAUUAUGGAAUUCUAUGAAAAAGAUAAACAUUUAUCAAGAUAUUUACACAUUAUCAAAGAUUCUCCAGUUUAUCCAGUUAUCUUAGAUAAAAAUAGAACUGUUUGUUCAUUACCACCAAUUAUCAAUUCUAAUCAUUCCAAGAUUAGUCUUGAUACUAAAAAUGUUUUCAUUGAUGUUACAGGUACUGAUAAAACCAAAACCGAAAUUGUUAUUCAAACUUUAGUUGCUAUGUUCUCUCAUCAUUGUGGUGAAAAAUUUGAAAUUGAACCAGUUGAAAUCAUUUCUAAUCAUAAUGGUGAAUCAAGAUUAUGUCCAAAUAUCGAACCAAGAAAAUCUUUAGCUGAAAUUGAUUAUAUUAAUUCUUGUUUAGCUUUAGAUUUAUCAGGUGAUGAAAUAGCUAAAUUAUUAAAGAAGAUGGAAUUAGAUGCUAAAGUAUCUGAAGAUCCAAAGAAAUUAGAAGUUUCUAUACCAAUUACAAGAUCAGAUAUUUUACAUCAAUGUGAUAUCAUGGAAGAUGCUGCCAUUGCUUAUGGAUUCAAUAAUAUUGAAAAAACUAAACCAAAAGGUGAAUCAUUAGUUGCCUCAGCUUUACCAAUUAAUAAAAUUGCUGAUAUUUUCAGAUUAGCAAGUUCACAAGCUGGAUAUUCUGAAAUCAUGGCUUUAACUUUAUGUUCACAUGAUGAAAAUUUCAAAUUCUUAAGACAAAUUGAUGAUAAUAAAACUGCUGUUAAAUUGGAAAAUCCAAAAACUUUUGAAUAUCAAGUUGUUAGAACUACUCUUUUACCAGGUUUAUUGAAAACCAUUAGAGAAAAUAGAAAACAUUCAUUACCAAUCAAAGUUUUCGAAUGUGGUGAUAUUGUAUUGAAGAAAGAUUCUGUUGAAAGAAAAGCUAUAAAUCAAAGAAACUGGGGUGCUAUUAUUGCUGGUAAAACUUCAGGUUUUGAAUAUAUUCAAGGUUUAUUAGGAAAAUUAAUGCAAACUUUAAGAGCUUCAUGGAUUGAUAGUUCAAAACCAAAUACUCAAAGAGGUUUUUGGAUUGAAGAAGAUAAUGAAAAUGCCACUUAUUUCCCUGGUAGAGGAGCUAAAGUUUUCUUUAGAAGUGUUGAAGGUGGUGAAGCUGUUGCUAUUGGAUCUAUUGGGGUUUUACAUCCUGAAGUCAUGAAAUCUUUUGAAAUACCUUAUGCUGCUUCAUAUGUUGAGAUUAACAUUGAAAUUUUCUUAUAG